CGUGGGAAGUUAGGCGGCGCACGCGUGCUGCUGCUGCUGCUGCUGCGGCGCCGGAUUCAGCCCCGCACAUAACGCACGCGGUCGCUCGCUUCUGCUUCUCUGCCGCGUCUCAGCUGUGCCGUUCCUCUCCGCUCUCAACGCGCCUUGUUCUGCGCAACUCCAGCUUCUCUGCUACUCCAGCUGCUGCUGCUGCUGCUGUUGUUACUGUUCCGGAAGGGACAUGCGAUGUCGACGCACUGUGCGAGCCACGGUCGCGGCCCGGCGUUGCCGCUUCUCUGCUCUUGUGAGAUGCGCCGUGCCACGUGAUUGCCGGCUGUGACUUGUUCUCGCGCACUUCCGUAUCUCUCCGUUUGGUGAACUCGUUCUCAUCCGCGCGGACUUGUCGUUUACAGCCAAAGCAGUGUGGAGUUAUGCUUGUCUUGUGUGUGUGCUAAGAACGUAAGACAACUUUAAAGAAGAGAGUGAUAGCAAAAAAUAUAUAUAUAUAGAGAGAGAACAGAUGUUGGGAGGCAUGACUGUAACGCCUCCGGCAUCGUGGACGGCCUCGCUGGGGCUCUGGUGGUGCCUGUGGUGGCACGCGCGGUGCCUGGUCAGCGUGGGGCUGGUCAACGCGGCGUGGACUUCUGGAGGUAACAAGAGUGCCAUGCAUCACUUUGGCCGAGUCUUCGCUAAAGAAAACAGCUACUUUGCUUCGCUUUACAGCACUUCUAAAGAUCACGAAGUUCUUCCGGAGUUUGCUGAGCCAGUGCCAAACGUGACAGCCAUCGUAGGCCGCAGUGUGAAGCUUCCCUGUGUGGUCAAUAACUUGGGCCACUACCGGGUUGCAUGGUUGCGAGUGGAGAGCAAAACGAUCCUGACGAUCCACAAGAGCGUGAUAACGCAGAACUAUCGCGUCCACCUGAGCCCAUCGGACCGUACCUGGCUACUGGUCAUCGACAGCGUCCAGGAGUCAGACCGUGGGGGAUACAUGUGCCAGGUCAACACGGUGCCCAUGCGCAGCCAAGUCGGAUACCUCGACGUGCUCGUGCCCCCGGACAUUGUGGGCAGUGAGAGCAGUUCUGACGUGCUGGUGCGUGAAGGGUCCAACGUGACGAUCGUGUGCCGAGCCAAGGGCUACCCGGCGCCCCGAAUCACCUGGCGACGGGAGGACGGAACGCCCAUUGCCGUGGGAAACUGGCAGGAACAGCUGGGAUCGACCGCAACUGACAAUGUGUCUUAUGAAGGCAAAGAGCUGAGCAUCACCAAAGUCAGCCGUCUCCACAUGGGACCCUACCUCUGCAUCGCCUCCAAUGGCGUCCCAUCUCCCGUCAGCCGGAGAAUUCUGCUCCAAGUACACUUUCCGCCCAUGAUCUGGAUUCCCAACCAACUCAUUGGAGCUCCGCUGGGCGGCGAAGUCGUGAUGGACUGCAAUACGGAGGCGUUCCCGAUGUCCAUAAACUACUGGACCCUGGAGAGCGGCGACCUCAUCGCCGAGUCGGCAAAGUACUCGCUCAACCGCACGGAGAAUGUAUACAAAGUGCACAUGCGACUUCGUAUUCGUCGUAUUGCGCCCGAAGAUUUCGGCGCUUACCGAUGCUUUGCGAAGAACUCGCUGGGCUCCACGGAGGGAUCCAUUCGGCUCUAUGAGAUUCAUGUGCCACCACCGCCGAAAGUUAAGGAACCAUCAACAGCGAGGAUACAGAGCAUUGAAGGCAACAAAAUGGAGCUUCCUCGGGACUCCACAACAAAACAGCGGAGCUAUCCUGCCAGACCACCGCUCACCGGGUCGCCGGCUAAAACACAGGAGCCAACCGAUGCUUCGGGAUGCCCUGGAAGCAAUGUCGCCUUGCUAUCGAUAUGCCUGGUGACCACAGCUCGUCUACUUACGUGAUAACGUGCACAGCGUGCACAGAGGAGCCACAAAAAUGUUAUGGCGAUUGAAAGCCUUCCAUCAUCUUCUCUUCGAAGACGUGUGCAAGUGAAGCGAGGAAAUGCGUGCAAAAGUGGCAUCUCUUCUGCGACGUCAACGAUGCCUGCCACGUCGCGGUCUCCUAGCUGACUUGGCACGUCAUCGGGCAAGCACUCGUACGCGGCGCCCGAAAGCGACGCGUCCCAGAUCCUCCACAAACAGGCUCAGUAGCUCGCCGAAACAAGUCAAAGUUGUCUGUACAGUAGAGUAAAUAAGUGGCGUUGUUGUGUUGCUACCCCGUGUAUUUGUGCACACGGGUGUAGUGCAUGUAUAUAUAGAAGUAUACGUAAGCGUUCCCGAUUCAAUGUCUUCGGUCUCUUGAACUUUCUGCGUCACCGUUAUCUGCUCUGCAUGGCGUCUGCUUAUUGGCCGAGCUCUAGCUUACGUGCGUGUUUCCCAGUCAGUUAAAAGGGAAAAAAAAAGCAAAGUCGUGUACACAAAGGAUGGAAGGAAUCAACAUAAACGUCGACAAAGGCAAUGCUCACCGAAGCGCGCAGACACACGAACGCCUGAGAAUAACUAUUGGCGUCGUUUAUUCAACGAUAGCAUCAACGCCGUCUCCGUAGGGCACUGAAGCUGUCAUACACUCAAAGAUCUGUACUUUGAGUGAGUUUGUAGCUUGCCUUUCGUUAUGCAUUAAGCUUACGUGUCAGCGGAGCUCUUCUCGCUUUUUCGUGUUCAUUCGAGACAUCAUCUAGCGAAAAGCAUUCGCCUGGGUUGCAGCAUAAUGACGUAUAAUGUGGCGCACAUCGUUCUCCUGGCAUCGGACACAGACAGCGAUGUUAUCUGAUUUGUUUUUUGUAAUAUCGCUGAUAACUCUAUAACUUCGAUGACAAGCCCGAGAUGAUUCGGCCUCUGACAAGCCCGGCCUCGAACAGAAGCGUGGUGAGCCACCAUGUUCUCUGUACAGGCAGUAUGGAACAGCGAGUCGUUGCAUGCUUCUUUCGGAAUUAAGUUCAGGGACGUAUAUAACAGCUACCAGAAGCGUGGGGCACAACACCUCCCGCAGACUCCGUAACGGUCUCCUUCAAGACGGUCACUUAAACAUUUACGCUGCAGUAUAGGGAGGCCAAAAGGGCUUGGCGAUCGAUCCUAGGUGGCCUAUGUCUAAAAGGACAACCAAGCAUUACUUUUCUACACUUUGCUGAUCUCAAGAGAAGCAACGUGUCAACAAGCAUGACGAAACACAUUUUUGAAACAUGGUUCUUAAAGUGGCACACGUCCAAUUAUAUCCGCUCACUUUUCUUUUGUUCAUGUUUUUGAAGACUUCCAUCGCAUAUCUGCGGUAAUCAUAGGUGCGCUUGCUUCCCAGAGAGUCAGAAACGCGUUUAUCAGGCGGGAUAGAAGCAGAACAAGCUGAACUGUAAGGCUGUGUCUAGAGGCGCUGCUUCAUUCGCUCGUUGAGUAUCUUAUCCAGAAAUGUUCGUUAGGCCUAGGCUUAUCAUGAAAGUCUUAUAAAUAAGGACGCAGAUGACGUGUAGCUCAGAAGUUCUGGGCUAAGAGUUCGCAAAUUGAUUCAGUGAAUACUCUAAAAAGGACCUUUCAGCGCAAGUUAUGCUGUAUGCUCUCGUAACCGCCGCAUCCUCUUCCAUUGCCGCGCACGAAAAGUUAAGGCAUUAAUUACCGCUCCAACGACCUUGUACAGAAAUAUAAGGUGGCCACACCAGCCUCUUAGUUCCUCUCUCAGGUAGAACAUCUGUUAAUACUAUGUCACUCCAUCAUGUGUACAUACAUACAUCAUCGAUCAUUAUAAAGUUCUCCAUUACGGACUCGUCGUGAUCCGCUGCUGUGAACUCAGUGGUGGCAUAUGCUGUGUAUAAAGCAGAAAUAAA